UUAAAAUCACAUGAACGUAUACAUACAGGGGAGAAGCCUUACGUCUGCCCUGACUGUGGAAAACGUUUUAAAACAUACGCUCAGCUAAAAGUUCAUCAGAGAACACACACAGGAGAGAAGCCGUACGUCUGCCCUGACUGUGGAACUAGUUUCUCUACACUUUCCAACUUAAAAACACAUGAACGUAUACACACAGGAGAGAAGCCUUACGUCUGCCCUGACUGUGGAACUAGUUUCUCUCACCCUUCCACCUUAAAAUCACAUGAACGUAUACACACAGGAGAGAAGCCUUUCUUCUGCUCUGACUGUGGGGCGAGUUUCUCUCAACGUACCAACUUAAAAAGACACCAACGUAAACACACAGGAGAGAAGCCUUACGUCUGCUCUGACUGUGGAAAAUGUUUUAAAACAUUAUAUGAGCUAAAAUCUCAUCAGAGAACACACACAGGAGAGAAGCCUUACGUCUGCCCUGACUGUGGAACUAGUUUCUCUCACCCUUCCACCUUAAAAUCACAUGAACGUAUACAUACAGGGGAGAAGGCAUACUCCUGCUCUGAAUGUGGAAAAUGUUUUAAAACAGCAACUGAGCUAAAACUUCACCAGAGAACACACACAGGAGAGAAGCCUUUCUUCUGCCCUGACUGUGGAACUAGUUUCUCUCAUAUUUCCAACUUAAAAUCACAUGCACGUAUACAUACAGGGGAGAAGGCAUACUCCUGCUCUGAAUGUGGAAAAUGUUUUAAAACAGCAACUGAGCUAAAACUUCACCAGAGAACACACACAGGAGAGAAGCCUUACUUCUGCUCUGACUGUGGAAUUAGUUUCUCUCAACUUUCCAACUUAAAAAUACAUGAACGUAUACACACAGGAGAGAAGCCUUACUUCUGCUCUGACUGUGGAAUUAGUUUCUCUCAACUUUCCAACUUAAAAACACACCAACAUAUACACACAGGAGAGAAGCCUUACUUCUGCUCUGACUGUGUAAAAUGCUUCAAAACAUCAACUCAGCUAAAAGGUCAUAAGAGAACACACACAGGGGAGAAAAAAGUUAAUCAGAGAACACAGGCCUGAGAGAAGCCUGCUUACGUCUGCUCUGACUUUUGGGUGAGUUUCUCUCACCAUAGAAACUUAACACACCAAUGUAUAGACUAUAGACGUCGAGCCAAAGGCUGCGUGUUUGAAUCUCAUCAAGGAGGACUUUAGCAUUUAGCUAAUUAGCAACUUUGCA